CCAGCAGCUCACCAGCACUAUAAAUAGGCAUGCAUCCCCGUUAGUUCAUAGAGCAACAAGAUCCGGGCAGCAAAGCACGCUCGUGACAUCCCUUAGCUAGCUCGUGGCAUCCACUGCGUACUUAGCAAACUCCCAUCAAUGGCGAUGAUUGCCGUCGGCCCGUUCGGUGGUGCUCAGGGUACAUCGCACGACAUGACCGGGACAUCCAAGAAACUUCAGAGCGUUACUGUUUAUAGCAGCAAGGACGGUGCCGGUGGACACAUCAACGGCAUCUCCUUCUCGUAUGAAAAUGACCAGGGGUCAACUACGUCGGUCGAUACGUGGGGCACAGCUGCAGGCUCAAAAGCUACGUUUACCAUUCCAGCAGGUGCGUAUUUGGCCAACCUCUCCGGCACAUUCGACAACAAUGUCAAAUCGCUGACUUUUGUCACUAGCGACGGGGAGCCAUACGGGCCGUACGGUGAUCCGGCAGCUGGGAAGGGUUUCGAGAUACCAAUGCAUAAGGGCGCCAUCGUCGGCUUCUUUGCUCAUUCCGGCGGGGUGCUCAACUCUCUCGGGGCAUACGUGGGUGCCCAGCCAUAGAUGCAACACAGUAUGCUACCAACAGUACUACCGGCCGGAACCGUUGGGCAUGCAUGCUGGUGGCCACCUUGAUGCCUUGUGCUGCUGUUUGAUUACUCAGCUGUGUGCAGUUUAAUACAAUAAAGUAGCUAGGGGCCCUACCGAUCAGUACUUUAGCAGUAGCUGAUGGAUGGAUUCCCAUAGCUGUCCGUCUAAGUGUGCUUCUUUAAGUUACCGCUUUGCUGUUUGCGUGUUGUUUGCACUGUCCUGAAUGGCUUUGUGAUGAAUAAAGGUCUUGGAACUUUGUUAUUUAUUUCCUCA